AUGAUAAAUAUUGACGAUAAUCGUCAAGCAAAUUUAACUUUAACAGUUGAAUCCACUGAUAAAAAUAUUUAUCCAAACACCUUCAUAGUAUUUGUAAAAUUCUUUUUCUCUUUCUGCCAAUUCGAUGCUGAUUUACGUCAGCAAUUAGACGAGCAUAAGAGAGAAGAAACAACACCUCAACGGGAUGAACUUUUCAUUGACGUCAACCAGGAGUUUAUGUUGAGCACAAAUCUAUUGUUAGAGCAGAACACCCUCACCUUGACGCACAAGCUUCUUGUUGUGUAA